UUUCUGCCUUCGCAUUCAGAAUUCAUUUCGGUACUUUUUUAUUUUAUUUUAUAUUUUUCCAUCAACAAUCAACUGAAAUGACCAGUCGACUGCUGGCAUACCACCUACACGGCGCUCGAUGGAUUGCGCUUGGCCGUCGAGUGUCGCCUGUGCAGUUCCGGAGAAACGCCUCGUCUUCCGACAAACAAUCCGAUCCCACUAUCGGUGCUAGCGAGCAGACCACAGAACCCAAAAAUGACAGUGAGCCUAGCGUCGUUGAAACCUCGCCUGUAUACUCUAGGGAUGAGAUCGAGGCGGCUGACGACUAUAAGACCCCGCGUGGCAGCCGAACCGGCGCGCGCUCAGACUUUAUCAAGGAGCGGGAGCCUGUUGUUGUGCACAAUCUAGCCUACCCAAUUCACAACAACAAAUGGUACCGCAUCGUGCCAGAGAGCGUGGAUUACUUGCCGGUUGGUUACAGCCACGUCAACCGGGUGCCCAAGCUGGGGCACGGCCUGGAGCGUGUGCUGUUCAGCCCAGGAGUGCAUUGCUUGGAGGAUCCGCACAGUGGCGUGUACAAUUUUGAUCCCUAUAUUCGCAACAUCACACAGCCAGCUGAGUUUGACUAUGACAAGCUAACACCGUAUAUAACAUCUUCGAAGGACGAGACGCUCAUGGGGUACGCCCGCCAGCGUAGGAGGCAGUUUGUUGGAUCGACCUCGUCCAUGACCCACGUUUUGUCACACCUGUACUUUGCCAUUGCUGCGGGCAAGAAGCCCGAUAUCUCAUCGAUGUCAAUGGCAUUCGCAGACAUGCCGACCGGUUUCACUCGCGGCAUGCGGUAUCCGGCAUCCAUAGCGCUGCGCUACCAUGACGGGGUAUACGCGAUCGACGCUGACAAGAGCUUUGACGUGGGUGACAGCAUCCUGAGCAUUCUUGGAAAGUCGCUGGAGAAGCUACUGACGUCCACACCCAAAGAGUUUGACAUGUACAAAAAGAUGAACUCAUGGAAGGUCAAGGACAUCCCCGAGGAGAACUACCAUUACGUCGAGUUUGACGAGUUUGUUUUGCGCUCGCAGCUGGACUGCCGUGACGACCGGCUGCCGCGAAAGACAUUUGAUCUCAAGACGCGCGGCUCGCUGGCGGUGCGCAUGGAUCUGCAGAAUUACGAGAUCAGCAAGGGGUACCAGAUCCACACCAUGAAGGGUAGGCUGCAGUCCUUCGAGCGCGAGUACUACGACAUGGUGCGGUCUGCGUUCUUGAAAUACAACUUCCAGACGCGUAUCGGCAACAUGGACGGAAUUUUUGUUGCUUACCACAACACAGCUCGUAUGUUUGGUUUCCAGUAUAUUAGCCGCCAGGAGAUGGACAGGGUUCUUUUUGGCAACGAAGCCACGGGAAACAAAGCGUUCAAGUCAGUGCUCAUUUUGCUUGGCAAGCUGUUGCGCACUGUGACCGACCAGUUUCCGAAAAGGGACAUCCGAGUCACCUUUGACAGCGCCUCGAGCGGCGGCAACCUGGACAUGUGGGUUGAGGUCAUUAACGACGAGGCCGAGGCCGUUGCCAUGCAGCAGUACCAGGAGAACGGCAUAAUCCGUGCGCCCAAGGUGCAACCGAAGAAGGCGUCGGCUGCGGCGGAGGCCGGCGAGGACCCAUUCAGCACAGCUGACCCGCUGAGCCCCAACGCUGCCAACAAGGACGGCCAGGAGGACGAGCUGGCUGCGGAGCUGGAAGACGCGGAGAUCGACCCGGUCGAAUUUAUUUACGUUAACUCGGAAGAGCCAAUCCUGAAAUACACGAUGCAGACAUUCUCGACGUACAACAACCAGGACACAGACGGCCCGGUGACGGUCAAGAACAAGGACGAGCACUGGUACAUAAACUGGAAGCUCGCAAAGUCGCACAAGUCGCAGGACGAAGUUGUGGCUCGGUAUCGGGUGCUGCGGCACCGGCAAGCGACGUACUUUGAGCGCGCAUCUCCAGAGACUCCGGACGAAGAGUUGUCGCCGAUGCUCAAGAUUCUGCGCCGUAUAUCGCGCAAGAAUCUGUGGAGAAACGAAUUGCCUGUCGGCAAAGUUGUUGUCAACCGCAGCAGGAUCCCGAAUGUUCAGGCGGCGCCAAAGCCGUUACCGACCGCAGGCAAAAUGGGGAGGGGUGAGAGUGAUGAUUCCAGAAAGGCUUCCAAUGGUUCUAAGAAGACCGACAAGCCACCGUUGGCUGACAAGUUUGUAGACGAUGACACGGCCCUGGAGACAGAGUAUGAUGCGCACACAAACCCAGGGAAUGCGGCGAAAUCGAAAUCGCUGCGCCUCAAGAGCGCUAAACCGAAGACCAAGGCUAAGCCCAAGCCCAAACGCAAGGCCAGGAAGCCCAAGGCACAUUUAAGCAGCACAGGAAAGCCACGAACAGACUCUGGGCCAAGCAAGAAGGCUGACUCCGAUUAAGCUUAUAAUUUUAUUAGUGCUUUUUUGUCGGCUGAAUUUACCGUUGUAUACUUUUCUUCUUCUUGCCAAUGGACACGCUAAAAUAU